AUAACAAAUAUAAAAUCUAAUUUUAUAUGAUAAUGAAUAUAAAAAUGGAAAGCCAGAAAAACAGAAAAAGAAUCUGAAAUUCUAAGUGAUGUCUACAGCUCGGCCGUCGACGGCAUGGCAUUCGAUGACGCUUCAGCGACGGCCUCCGCUUCCUCAGCGGCGGCGUCCUUUAGUAGUCCAAUCCUUUAGGCGGAGCGACUUCGACACCUUCGCUCGCCGCGUGGCCUCCGGCGAGGCCUUGAAGGACGCUUGGCGAACGGCCAACGACCGCUUUGAGCAAUUCGUCUUCGAAGCUAAAAAAACCGCUGAACGGUUAAACCGCCAGUACUCCGUUUCCCGCCGACUCUCCUCCGUCGUUCAAUCCGCCACUGACCGUGCUCGUGAGCUCGACCGGGAGCUCGAGAUUGGUAUCCGUUGGCGAACAUUUACGAUGGAUUUUCGUAGGAAUUGGCCUAGGUACAGGAAGCAGCUGAAUGAUUUCUUAGAAACUCCAUUAGGAAGAAGUUUUGCUAUGAUUUUCUUCCUCUGGUUUGCAUUAUCCGGUUGGCUUUUUCGAUUCUUAAUAUUUGCCAUGUGGAUACUACCAUUUGCUGGGCCUCUUCUCAUCGGGACUAUUGCCAAUAGUCUUGUUAUUAAGGGUGCUUGUCCAGCUUGUAGGAAACAGUUUGCUGGUUAUAAAAACCAAACGAUACACUGUGCAAGCUGUGGAAACAUUGUAUGGCAACCAGAAGGAGACUUCUUUGGCAGAGGUAGUAGGCGCACCGGUUCAAAAAAGUCCGAACCAGAAAUUAUCGAUGUCGAGUUUGAGGAGAAAUGACAAGAUGGUCUUGGAAAUAUACAGGUAUGAUUCUCGCCUUGCCAUAGUCCAAUGAGUCUGAACACCUCCCUCCCCCUUUUUCCUAAUCUCGAAAAACAGUUUUUACUCCAUUUGCCAUCAGUGUCUGUACUGUAUAUUUUGUAGUUCUGAGUUUUUCCUGAUGAUAGAAAAUGUUUCAUUUCAUAGCAUUUAGCAAUUAGUUUGAACUUUGAUGUGAGGCUUAGAUGAUGAAAUUUCUGUUCGAUGUUGGACAAAAUUAUGAUUAAUUUGUAACUUUUAAAAAUAAAAUCUAUAUAGAAUUGAAUAAAA